AUGAGACUCAUAGUGGGUAUAGCUAACGUGGUCGGAAAAAUUUUAGGAAUAACGUGGAUUAUGAGGAAUCCAGAAAUUGUAUCAGAAGAUAGAGGAGCUGUAAUAAUAUCAAACCAUCAAUCUAUUUUGGACACAAUGCAUUUAUGCCAAUUGUGGUUUAUAAGCAGAAAAAUGGCAAUAACGCCAAAGAAAGCACUAUUAUAUAUGUGGUCAUUUGGGUUUUUCAUAUAUAUGACGGAUGCGAUUUUCUUAGACAGAAGAAAUCCUACCGUCGCAAAUCAGUUGUUAUUGAAUAAGUCCAAACACUUACUUCAAAAUAAGGUUAAGAUAUUAAUUUUUCCAGAAGGAACGAGAAAUGAUAAUCCUACAAAAUUUUUGCCAUUUAAAAAGGGUGCUUUUAACUUAGCGGUACAAACUCAAGUUCCAAUAAUACCAAUUGUGAUUUCAAGGUUCUAUUUUCUUGAUCAUCGGCGACGCAUGUUUAGCAAUGGUAAUGUCAUAGCCCAGUGCCUGGAGCCAAUAUCGACGGAGGGUUUGACUUUGGAUGAUGUGCCGGAUCUUAUAAAUAGAAUUAAAAGUGCUAUGGAGAAAGUCUAUAAAGAAUUGUCGAAUGAGGUGACAAAAGAUUUGCCACCUGACUACCCCUUAGCAAUAAACGAAUCAUAA